AACAGUUGGUGAUUUUAAAAUGUUUCGUCAACUAUUCGUGCUUGUUGCUUUAUUCGCAGUUUCAUUUGCAACUCCAGUUGCCAACGUUUACGAACGCAAGAAACUUAUUAAAGGAAGAAUUGUUGGUGGUACAAAUGCACCUUUAGGACGAUUCCCAUAUCAAGUUUCUCUUCGAACAACCGCAAACAUCCAUUUCUGUGGAGGAUCCAUCAUUAACAACCGUUGGGUUCUUACAGCCGCUCAUUGUACUGUUGGACUUGGAGCUACUUCAAUCCGUGUUGUUGUAGGCACAGUUUUAUUCAACUCUGGUGGUGUAGCUCACACCAGCUCAAGAAUUAUCAGCCAUCCUAACUUCAAUGAUAAUACCUAUGCUAAUGAUGUGUCAGUAGUUCAAACCGGAACAACAAUUGGAUUCAAUAGUAAUGUAGGGGCAGCCGCUCUUGGAUCAGCUCAUGUUGGUGGUGAUGUAGCUGCAAUCGUCACUGGAUGGGGUGGAACUACUGUUGAUGGGGGACCAUUACCAAAUAACCUUCAACAACUAACUACAUCAACAUUAAUAAACGCUGAAUGCCGUUGCCGUCACAUGGCAAUUAACCGAAACUACGUAUUCGAUCACAAGAUUUGUACAUUCACACAACCAACUGAAGGAAUUUGUCAAGGAGACUCAGGCGGUCCAUUGUCUACUGGUAACACUGUCGUUGGUAUUGUCUCAUGGAACAUUCCCUGCGCCCGAGGAUUCCCUGAUGUCUUCGAUCGUGUUUCAAGUCAUCGUUCAUGGAUUCUCGGAGCCAUCGCCUAAUUAAAAUGUUUUUCCUAAAUUUCUUGUCUUUUGCCUUUAUCAGUUCAUAUGAAAGUUAAAAUUUCUCUUAUUUUAUUUUCAUUUCGUAGUUCUCUUCUCGUUUCUUUUUAUCAUAAGUUGAAAAAUCGAAGUAAUCGCAGUUGUAUGAAGAUUUGUGUUUUAUACUGUAUGUCGUCUUAGUAUCUAUUUAUUCCUACCUUACAUUCGACAAUUUGUUUUGUCGUU